CUGCUUCGCUUACGUUUUUGUUGCAGUUUGUUGAACAACGUCGACUCGAUCGCCGCUCGGUGUGAUGUGACCUGUUGAUUUAUUAAUCGUGUUUUAGUGCUGUUGUCUGUGAUAAAAAUGACCUGAUGCUUGGAAUAUGUGUGUAGUGUUUUGCAAGUGUUCAGUGUAAAAUGGGUUUGAUAACAUCGCGAGAGCAAACAAUGUUGGACGGGCCGGCAGUAGGGCCGGCCAAGAGUCACCAUGUGCGGCAGGCGUCGACUAGGAACCGCACCAAGCCGCCGAUGCCGGACAGAGAUGAGCUGGAGAACCGUUUCGUUAAAGUUCUGGCCUCAAUGGACCUGCCGCCCGACAAGGCGAAACUGCUCCGCAACUAUGAUCUGGAGAAGAAAUGGGAGAUCAUCUGCGACCAGGACAUGGUCCAAGCCAAGGAUUCGCCCACGCACUACCUCAACAAGCUCAGGACGUACCUCGACCCUAAGGCCUCCAGGAGUCACAGGAAACGGAAAAUGGUCGGCGACUCCACAUCUACUCAAGUUCUUAGGGAUUUGGAAAUAUCACUCCGAACCAAUCACAUAGAAUGGGUUCGGGAGUUCCUGAACGAACAGAACCAGGGUCUGGACGUGCUGAUCGACUACCUCAGCUUCCGGCUCAGCAUGAUGCGUCACGAGCAGAGGAUAGCUCUCGCUCGCAGCCAGUCCAGCGACGGGAUCAACCAAGGUGCAAACACAACGACCUCCGACUGCAGCGCGCCGACUGAUAACAGCUCCACACUGAACGCUUCGUGGAGGCGGCGCGCGCGGUCCACGGACGCCGAGUGCGAAGGCGCCGCCAGCCCCGCCGUCGUGCGGCGGCGCACCCGGCAUGCCGCCCGCCUUAACAUGGGCGCCUCCACCGACGAUAUACAUGUGUGCAUCAUGUGUAUGCGGGCUAUCAUGAACAAUAAGUACGGCUUCAACAUGGUAAUCCAGCACCGAGAAGCCAUCAACAGCAUAGCUCUCUCCCUGGUCCACCAUUCGCUACGCACCAAAGCGCUAGUGCUGGAGCUCCUCGCCGCCAUAUGCCUCGUGAAAGGGGGACACCAGAUCAUAUUGUCGGCGUUCGACAACUUUAAAGAAGUCGCCGGCGAGCCGAGGCGGUUCCACACGCUCAUGGACUACUUUAUGAACUAUGAACACUUCCAUAUUGAGUUUAUGGUGGCGUGCAUGCAAUUCGUGAACAUCAUAGUGCACUCAGUGGAGGACAUGAACUUCAGAGUGCACUUACAAUAUGAGUUCACCUCGCUGAAGCUUGAUGACUAUUUGGAAAGACUGAGGAUGUGCGAGAGCGAGGAUCUGCAGGUUCAAAUAUCAGCGUACCUCGACAACGUUUUCGACGUUGCGGCCCUUAUGGAAGACAGCGAGACGAAAACGGCGGCGCUUGAAAAGGUCAACGAACUGGAGGACGAGUUGGGACACGCCCACGAGCGCCUAGCAGCGCUCGAGCGAGAGGCGAUAGCGAAAUUGGCUACGCUAGAAUCCGAACUGGCCAGCGUACGCCAGGAGCGCGACCAGCUGGCCGAGGCACGCCGGCAAGUAGUUGAAGAGGUGUCAACGCUAAGACGGGCGCAGCAGGACUCCAGAAAUAGACAGUCUAUGCUGGAGUCGAAGGUUCAGGAGCUGGAAUCCUUGACCAAGUCGCUGCCACGAGGGGCGUCAAUGGGCGCCAUUUCCUCCCACGCCCUCUGCAACGGUACCAACGGCACCACAAACGGCACCCACACCCCCAACGGCCCCUCCUCCCCGCUCCCCAACGGCUUCACCAAGCCCGUCCCCCCUCCCCCCGCCCCUAAACCCCCUCCAGUCCCCGUGGCACCCCCUCCACCUCCCCCACCUCCGUUAGUACCGUGUGCACCACCACCUCCGCCUGCACCUGGGCUAAUGAUGCCCCCGCAACAUACGGACGCCAUGACGAUAAAGAGGAAGGUGGACACGAAAUAUAAGCUGCCUACGCUGAAUUGGAUAGCUUUGAAGCCUAACCAGGUCCGAGGCACAAUAUUCAACGAGCUGGACGAAGAGCGGCCUAGAAACAGGAUAAACUUCUCAGAGUUCGAAGAGAAAUUUCGUAUCGGCGGCCCCUGCGGGCUAGGGGUGGACUCCUGCGACAACGACACGUUGGCGUCCUUCCCGAGCAAGAGGUUCAGGAGGCCUGACACUGUGUCGCUGUUGGAACACACUCGGUUAAGGAACAUAGCAAUAUCCCGAAGAAAACUCGACAUACCCGUCGAGAAAGUUAUCAUAGCGAUCAACAACCUCGACCUCAAACAACUCCCCCUAGAAAACGUCGAAAUCCUCCAACGGAUGGUGCCCACCGAAGCCGAACAGAAGGCCUACAGAGAAUACUUAGCUGAAAAGAAAAAUAUCAACUUACUAACGGAGGAAGAUAAAUUCCUUAUGCAAUUAGCGAAAGUAGAAAGGAUUUCCGCUAAACUGUCUAUAAUGAGUUACAUGGGCAAUUUCUUCGAUAACAUCCAUUUAAUAACGCCUCAAAUCCAUGCGAUAAUCUCAGGGUCAUCCUCAGUAAAAUCCUCACAGAAACUAAGAAAUGUCCUAGAGAUUAUCCUCGCUUUUGGUAACUACUUAAACAGUAGUAAGCGAGGCCCGGCCUACGGGUUCAAGUUGCAAUCUUUGGACACUCUUAUGGAUACGAAGUCGACGGAUAAGAGAAUAUCGCUGUUGCAUUAUAUCGUGGGGACUAUUAGGCAGAACUUUCCAGAGCUGAUAAACUUUGAUUCAGAGUUGAUGUAUAUUGACAAGGCUGCUCAAGUGUCCCUGGAGAACGUGGUCUCCGACGUGACGGAGCUGGAGCGCGGCAUGGAGGCGGUGCGGCGCGAGUGCGAGGCGCGCGAGGCGCACCGCGCCGCCGCGCCCGCGCCGCACGUGCGCGACUUCCUCAACAACGCGCACGACAAGCUGCGCCGCACGCGCACCGAGGCCAAGCUAGCGCAGGACGCGUUCGCGGCGUGCGUGGAGUACUUCGGCGAGGCGCCGCGCGGCGUGGACGCCAACGCUUUCUUCUCGCUGCUCGUGCGAUUCACGAGGGCGUUCAAGCAAGCAGACACAGAGAACGAACAACGACGGCGGCUCGAACAAGCCGCCCAACAAGCCGACUACGUCGACCCUGCCAAGACGAGGCAGGCGCAGAAGAAACAACAGGAGGCUGUAAUCAACGAACUAAAAACGAAAUCGCAAGCCGUCGGGGAGAAGAAACUUUUACACCAGGACGAAGUAUACAACGGAGCGCUAGAAGACAUCCUACACGGGCUCCGAAGCGAGCCCUACAGGCGGGCAGACGCCGUGCGGAGGUCACACCGGCGGCGGAUCAACUCCCACAGACUUUCCAAAGGACUAGAGGAACUAGACGUAUGAUACGAGCCCACCUCCAGUGAACAACUGGAAAACACCUCUGUCCUAGACGCUGUCAGAUCAAUAAACGCGCGCUGCGACGAUAAAUUAAAGAAAAAGAAGAGAAAAGAUUUAGAAAUGGUGCAUAAGAAACAAACUAUAGCCAUUUACAACAUCGAUGAUGAUUUCUCCGAUUUCACCACCAACACCGUCAGGAAACACAAAUCGUCCCCGUACAGAGUCGCCCCGACCGAAUGCGAGGUCGAGGAGCGGUGCGAUCUUAUCAAAUCGACGUAUGACGUCAUCACGAAAUAUACGCGAGCGAUGUUCGACAAGCAAAACGAAACGGUCGUCUAAACGUGCCUAAUAGUUAAUAAAGUUCGUGUAAGCUAAUUUUGCACUUGGCAAGGACCAGUGUGGAAACGCUAAUAAAUAUUUACCAUUUGAAUGUCGCCUAUCGUGCGCGGCGUGUUAUUGUGAACCUUAUCAGCAUGCAAGAAGGUUGAAUUUGGGCUGUAGUCGCGCGCGUCAUUUAACGUUUUUGGCGGUGAAUAAUUAAUUAAAUGAGACGUAUGGCGUGCUACAUUUUGUUACUGCCAAGUUAGCUUAUACGGACUCUACCCCCGCUUGCACUCACGACAGUGUUACAAGCCUUAAAAAAUAACCCUAUUUAUUUUAUUGUUGGUAAAACCACUUUUUUAAUAAUAGUUAGCGGAGCUAACGGAAAUCUAUCGCGAGUGCAAUUAGGGAUCAUUUGAUACGCCUGAAUUUCAUUCCAUUGCUACUCACAAAAGUAUUUUGCUACGGACAAUUUACAGUUUAUUUUGAUACACACGCUUAGCUUUAGACAUUUUUGUAGCGCCCGGCUCUAGUGCUAUCUCUCGUUCGCACAAUACAAAAGAGAGAGACGGCAACAUAGACCAAAUGGGCAUCUUAGUACCGCUAGUUAAAGGCCUUUAAAAAUUUUACGCACAUUUAAAGUACGCGUAUUCUCAAGUGGAGUGUAAUUUUUACUAUUUAUAAUCGUAUAAGUAAUAUUACAGUGUCCUUAAUAUGUAUUAACUCUGUAUACAUACAUAUUUAACACAAGGUAUCUUUCGUAUAAACGAUUUAGUAUAAAAUUUACUAUAUAUGCAUUUAUAUAUUCAUAGCAUUUGUACGUAACAAUAUUGUGAUAGUUCAAAAUAUGUAGCAUUUACUCUCAUUGAAUUUUCAUAACAUCAACUGGUUUGAGUGUAGAAAAUACAUCUUAAUUUUAUUGU